CUACCUAUAAAAAGCCAAAGUGACGUCCCCUCAAACCAAGUUCUGGCCUGUGAGUAGGUACUUCAUAAGUCAUAACAAUGUAUAAAAUUAUAGUGAUUGUAAUUUUCUGGUAUGCGGUGAGAACUGCGUGUGGGGAGGAUUCAAGUGGAUCACAGCUACUAACAGCCGACGAAACUACCACUGCCGAAUAUCACGCAGGAAACAACUGCGAGUGCUCCGUUUACAACACCUCGGAGCCGUGCCCGGAUCACACAGCAAUCAUGGUUCAAAGCGUCCUUCAUGUCGAGUGUAAUGAAGAAGGCGAGGCCACCUGCACCGACACGUGCAAAGCUCUGGCACUCGCCGCUCACGAUAAGUCGCCCAAAAUCCUCUGCAGCCUUUUGGGAGAUUACAACAAUUUAGAGGUUUUUCUGCACAGCCGCAUUUGUGGUUCCGAUUGGCGUUUUACCGGCCUGAAGCGUGGUAAUCUGUGCUGUCAGAAAUCUGAAGUAAUCGAGUGCGAUCAAGAGAAUUGAAGCUUGAGCUGAUUACUUUAUACUUAAAUGUAGUUUGUAGGUAUUUUGAGUUUUGUUUAUAAUUGUAAUUUGUUGAGUACCUAAAUGUUUAUGACGACCUGGCAAUGAUAAUGUACACGAGUUUUAAAAUAUUAAAACAUAAUUUGUCAAAGUA